AUGCACGUACAUGGUCAGUGGUUUAUAGAGCCAAAAACAAACCGCACUGUUCUCUUUCGUGGUGUCAAUGUCGGUGGUGGAACCAAAGUACCUCCCUCCAUUCCCUCUCAUGAGCCUGCUGGAUACUGGGAAGACUAUGAUCGCAAGGUGACCUUUGUUGGCAGACCAUUUCCACUCGAAGAAGCCGACAUGCAUUUGCAGCGAUUGGUGGAUCACGGCUUCAAUCUGUUACGUUUCAUGGUGACGUGGGAAGCGAUCGAGCAUGAGGGACCUGGUAUCUAUGAUGAGGAGUAUAUCGAUUAUGUCAUUGCUCUAUUGCAUAAAUGUCAAGAGUACAAUUUGAAAGUGUUUAUGAAUCCACAUCAGGACACGUGGUCUCGGCAUUGUGGUGGAUCAGGGCAUCCUGGAUGGACACAUUUGCUUGCAGGAUUGAACCCGGAUGAAUUUGCAGCAACUGGUGCAGCGCUAGUACACAAUGUGUAUCCCGACCCUGAGAACUUUCCCAAGAUGAUUUGGCACACAAACUACCAAAAGCUAGCAUCAGCGACCAUGUUUACGCUCUUUUUUGCCGGCAAGACAUUCGCGCCAAAGUGCAUUGUGAAUGGCGUUCAUAUUCAAGAUUACCUUCAAUCACACUACAUCAAUGCAUUCAAGCAAGUGACACAACGGAUUCAUGCCGAAAAGCUACAAGGCGAUGUGGUGAUUGGCUAUGAUACAAUGAAUGAGCCUGGGACUGGAUACAUUGGCAAAGACAAUAUCACCAAAUUAUCCGAUGAUGAUGUGGAUUUCAAAAAAGGAGACAUGCCAACAGCAUUUCAAGGAAUGAAGCUUGGAUCAGGGAUUCCUACCAAAGUGGAGCGGUGGGUGUUUAGUUGGCGUGGACCCAAAAAGGAUGGACAAGUAUUGAUUGAUCCUGGUGAUGCAAGAGCGUGGUUGUCGCCAUCUGAUCGCAAUGCAGUGGACACGUGCUUUUCAUGGAAACGUGCAGAUGACUGGCAUCCAGGAUGCAUUUGGGCACUACACAGCGUAUGGGAUCCAUCUACAGAAUCUGUCAUGCGACCUGAUUACUUCAACUCACAUCCAAUCACGCACGAACCUAUCAGCUAUCAACAUUUUUGGCUCGACUUUGUAAAGACGUAUGCAGACAUGAUCCUCCAUUUCCACAAAGACGCUAUCCUCUUUAUUCAACCACCCAUCAUGGAAGUACCACCUUCAUUACCGGCAAAGUAUAAGAAUCUUGCAUUCGCUCCGCAUUGGUAUGAUGGUUUGACACUCGUCAAGAAACAAUGGUGCAACUACAACGUGGAUUACAUCAAUCUCAAGCGUGGCAAAUAUGGUCAUGGUCCUUUACGAUUUCUACGUGCAUUGCGUAUUGGUGAAAAGGCGAUCCGACAAUGCUUUGUUGACCAAAUCAAGACACUCAAGGAAGAAGGAUGUGAGACCAUUGGUGAUUACCCUUUUGUAUUGGGAGAAACGGGGAUUCCAUAUGAUAUGCAACCUGUCAAAGCAUCCGUAUUUUCUCGUGCGGUGUCGUAUGUGAUGGUGCAUUUGCUUGGUCUCGCACGUAUGCUUGUUGGCAAGUUUUAUCCGAUCAAUGGGCCCGCAUCACCACAAAACAAAGCCAUGGAUGCGACUAUCAAUGCGGCUGAGCGUAAUCUUGUGAGCUAUACGCUAUGGACGUAUGUGCCUGAUAACCAUGCCAUAUGGGGCGAUUUGUGGAACGGUGAGGAUCUCAGCAUAUGGCAGGAAUCGGUUAUUCCUUGUUCAUCUAUUCAAGACAAAGACAAUGGAUCCGUUACUGAUACCAGCAGUGAUACCUUGUUACCUGAUCAACCCGAUUCGCCUAGCAACAAAAAGAUGAAUGUCACUGGAACGGGGAUGAAUGCACGUAACAUCAUUUCAUUGCAUCGACCACACCCACUCAAAGUCGCAGGGACUCCGCUCUCGAUCCAGUUCACAUCACCCACCGAAAAGACUCGUGCAAGCUACACGUUCACUUUCCAGCCAAGCAAAGAGACCGAAGGACCCACCGAGAUCUAUGUACCAUUCAUUCAUUUUCCUACAUUGGAGGGGGAAUUAGAUAUUGUCGUGUCUUCUGGCAAGUAUGAGAUGAUUGAACGCAAUGAUAAAUACUGGGUGCUUGCAUGGUGGUGCGACAACAACAAUGCCGACGAGCAGACAUUGCAUCUCACAGGGAUCACUCAAACACUCAUCUGA